UUUAUGCCUUUUUUUUUCCUCUUUCUUCUUCUCCUCUUCCAUUCCAUUCCAUAGUUGUAUUUAUUCAAAAAUCAUGUCUUCGACUUCUAACCAUAAUAUACCACAUCAUCAAAACAAUAAUAUUUGUAAUAAUACCACUUUUGUCCAAGCUGACCCCUCCAACUUCCGUUCCGUGGUCCAAAAACUCACCGGUCAUGAAUCCGACAAGCUCCCGUCCGUCGUCGGAAAAUCCAACUCCGGUGUAAAAACAUUGCACGAGCGGAGGCAUAGUGCAACAAAACUUGAAAAUAUUUUCACGGGCAAUAAGACGACGAUUAUGUGUACUAGGAAGAGAAUUAUUAGUAGUAAUUUUCUUGCAUCUCCAGUUUCACAUCUCGAAAUGCUGACAAGUGGAAUAAGUCCAAGAUCAACCGAAGAAAGAGCUAUUGCUGAGAAAAGAUUUUGCUUGCAUCCCACUACUCCCACAGCCUCUCAGCCACCUAAACUCCUUCCUUUGUUUCCACUUUACUCUCCUGCUACUGUAUCUACACAUCAUUCUUCUUCUUCUUAAUUAAUUCAAUAUGAUAUAGAUAUAAAUUAAUGGCUUUUUAACUUCA